ACGGUGGCCUCAUGUCCAGGAACGGGUUGCCCACCCAGAGCACUACGCUAGAGGCUCUGCUGCGAGGAGAAGGUUUGGACAAGCGGAAAAGCUCCAAAAACGACGAGGAGAGCCUGCUGGAGAUCCAGAGGGUUCUGGAGGCAGAUGCAGCAGAAGACGCUUUUAACGACGACGACGAUUACGAGGUGGACAUUCCCAAGAGGAGACAUCGAGGAAAGGGAAGAGGUCGAGGUUCAGGCCGCAGGAGGGCAGACCUGGAUGAUGAUAAGCCAUACAUCUGUGACAACAGAUACAAACCGAAGCAGAACGCCAAGCCUUUGACUGCAGUCUGUACAAAACGAUACAGGAAUCGCCCAGGACUAAGUUACCACUACACCCAUUCCCACCUGGCUGAGGAGGGCCGAGCUGGGGAGAGAAGCACGGUGACCUCCCGCUCCCCCGCUGCACCACAGACUGACAGACACAAACGUCCAAAGAGUUCUGGUGGGACCAGCAUACCCAACAACUACUGUAAUAAAUGCUCAAACAGGAAAACGGGUAAAUCUGGGUCUCCCUGCUCAGCCUGCCAAUGCACAAGUAACUGACCGCGGAGAGGAGAAGGAAGACGGAACUCUUACUGGAGCCGAGGAGCUUUUCGGCACCACUUCAGAGAGCGACACUUCCACAUUUCACGGCUUUGAGGACGAUGAGCUGGAAGACCCAGCUGCAAACGGAAAUGGAAUACCCAUCCGUCACAGAUAGAGCCACUAUCUUUGAUUCAAAUGGAUGAUUUUUAAUAUAUAAAUAUAUAUCUAAUGGAUCACCCCCGACGAGAAUCAGCUGCUUCUUUUUAAUGUUUUUGUUUGUUUUGUUUUCAGAAAGCACAACGUCAUAAUUUCAAGACAGAAAUGCUAGUGGUAUUUUAUCUACUGAACGUUGUUGAGUAAUUUAUGAAACUUUUUUUUAUAUUAUAACUAUAUAAAUGAACCUUUAAUGCAACAAACAGUCGAGGGCUUUCCUGGAAAGUGCAAAACAAGACAAUUUGAGUGUGUGCUACAAUCUUUUUUCCACCUUUUUUUCCCCUCAGUGGAGGAGAAGAAGAAUGCUUUGAACAAAAACACUGGAGAAUCGACACAAUCGGACAUCUAAAACCUUUUGAAAUGAUGCAUUUGGUCGAUGAUGGGACUUUAUUAGAGGCCUACGCUGAAGGACCACUGGAUGUUUUUGAGCCAGUAGUUUGAUUGGGAAGGCCUCUUCCUCUGCUCUCACUCUAGAUUCAUUUUGUGAAAAUGAAGGAAAUCCACAGGCUACCAGAAAUGUUUGAAUAAAGAAGUCUUUGCAGAUUGAGGACAUAAUAACAAGAGCAGUCUGCACGUUGGCACGUGGCCUAGUGCUGGAGGGAUGACCAGUGAAGAAGACGAUUCAACCCUAAAAAGAAAAAUCUAAUGAGCCUUCAUGUCCUUCCUGAUUUGGGCCUAAAAUGAGCAACUGCAACGGAUGAACACAAGCCACGUGGCUUCAUUGAAACAACUGCUCUCUUGUUGAAACGCAUCGACUUCUUGGUGAACGUUAAAACUUCAAGCAUCCGGCUUUGUUUCAUCUACUCUGCACUGCGCUGGAGCUGCUCUCAGAACUAUGGGAACACUAAAGGCCAGGCCUUUGGACUGAUUGCGCCCAACGGGUGCAUUUGGGGGCCCAGCAGCCCUGUUUGCCCACGCCUCCUCUGACUGUGUCUGCCGUGCGAUCUGAUGUGACGCUAAGACAUCAUUAUCUUCAUCACUGUGCUAGCCUGCCGCUCCACACUGGAAACCAGCUCUGACAGCCAUGACCCCCUCUGACCUGAUUGGACCAGUGACCCCAUGACCCACAGCCAUAAAGAUGGUGCUCAGAUCCACCAUUGUUACACUCAGACCUCUGGUUUACAAAACCCUGACAUAGAUGCUGGUUUUUUUAGAUUCUUAGUUUGUUUUUCAUUUUAAAGGAUCGCAGUGAUUCUGCUCUUUUUUUUGCACCUUUUUCUUCAGCUGUAUAAUUCUGUGUUUUUGAGCUUCUUAAAGUUGGAUUAGUUCAGGUUCUUGGGUUUGUUUGGACUGUGUUGAUCCCUCUGAUCAGGUGCACAAAACCGUCAGCUACUCAGGCAUCUUCCAUUUCCUCUGUUGAUUGUUCAGCUAAUCAGCCCUAAUAUGUGAUUGUAGGAAGGUGGUGAGGAGGGUCAAUAAAACGUGAUUCCAGUAUUAAAAAGCAACACAUGGAGGGUUUCUCUAAUAACUCGCGUUACAGGAAAACGGCUGCAAUAACGAGCUUUUUUUGUUUUUGUUUUUUUCAUACUUGGAGAGUAAAACCUCUUCUCAGAUGUGGCUUAAAAGGUGAAAACCUAAUUCUGAGUUGUUUGCAAUAUUUCCGUUGAGGGCUUAAUUGUUUAAUGAUGUUUAGACGUUGCUUGUAGUACUGUAUAGAAAAGCUGUUUAGGCCCACAUUUCACACACGCUGUGUACGUCCUGUGUGUGUGUGUCCAGCUGCUCCGUUAUUGAAGAGAAUCGUUCUUCCUGUGUCUGUUAUGACUUGUUUGUGCAUCUCUGCUCACUUCCCUCAGGGACCCCUCCACACAGCAGUUUAUCUCCACCGGACAAAGGAUGCAUCUAAAUCUUGCUCUCCAUCUUGUCGUCUUCCUUUGUAUCAGCCAUGUGCCGUUUGCACAGUAAAACCAGUGUCUUCUAUCUGCCCAAGCUCAUGUGGAUAAGUGAAAGCAUGUGUCACAACCUGCUAAAUGUUCCUGUCGGAACUGCCCGCAUCUCUGAACAAAAGACUAAAAACUUGUGCAAAUGUUUGCAAUGUUUGCUUAGAAUAAUGCGGAAGAGCCUGUAUACCUCGUCACAGACACAGCAAUAGGUCCUGGUACCCCUGGGGGGGUGGGGGGUGGGGAAUGGAGCCAAAACGUGAUGGAGUUGAAAUGACUGGGUGGCUUUUGUUUGUUUGUUUGUUUUCCUGCUGUAAAUACAAGUCAAAAUGGAGAGAAUGAAGAAGUGUUCGUUUGUUAAACUAUUUUUAUUGUUCUGAAAAAAUAAAGAAAAAAAGGAAUGUUAA